CGAUUCAACAUCGAUGGAAUGAAGCUACGAGGUAGAAGCGACAUGUUUUAAAGACAAUCAUGAGUUCGAAGAAAAAGAAAGGAAAUGGCGAAUCAUGGGAGAAGGGGGAGGAAAUCUUACAAGCGGUGAUCCUUGCUGACAGCUUUAAUUACAAAUUUUUACCUGUAACUUUAGAGAAACCACGAGCUCUGUUACCAUUGAUCAACUGCCCUUUGCUGGACUACACCAUUGAAUUCCUGGUAGAAGCUGGUGUUGAAGAAUUAUUUAUUUUCUGCUGUGCUCAUGCUGACCAAAUCAAGGAACAUCUCAGAAAAUCUAAAUGGUUCAGUGUUCGUUCAUCCUGUGUAAUCCACACUAUUGUAGUUGAGGAUUGUCUAUCAACUGGUGAUGCUCUUAGGGAAAUUGACAGAAAGUCUUUGAUAAGAUCAGACUUUGUCCUUGUCAGUGGUGAUGUGGUAUCUAAUAUGAAACUGGACAAAGUUCUACAGGAACACAAGGCCAGAAGACAAAAAAUGAAGACUUCGGUAAUGACCAUGGUGUACAAGGUUGCAGGGCCUGGUAAUCGUACAAGAUGCAAAGAAGAAGAUACUGUUAUCGCCUUAAGCUCCGCCUCCAACAGAAUCAUGCAUCUUGAACGGACAAAGAAAAAUAAAAAGUUCUCUUUUCCAAUUGGAUUAUUUGCAGACAACCCUGAACUUCAAAUACGUUAUGACCUUUUGGACUGCAAUAUUUGCAUAUGCUCCACCCAGGUUCCACAGCUCUUCACAGAUAAUUUUGAUUAUCAAACAAGACAUGAUUUUGUAAAGGGUAUCCUGAUCAAUGAAGAGAUCAUGGGGAACCAGGUUCAUUGUCAUAUCAUUAGUGACAAAUAUGCAGCAAGAGUCUCCAAUUUGUACACCUAUGACGCCAUAAGUAAGGACAUACUUCAUAGAUGGGCGUACCCCAUUGUGCCAGACAAUAGCUCUUUUUUCAUGGAUGAUUGCUACAGCUACAGCAGACGCAACUUGUACUUGGACAAGAACCUAUCUCUAGCAAGGGACUGUGUCUUAGAAGAGAACCUGAUUAUUGGUGGUGGUACAUCUGUGGGCACAGGAACAGUCAUAUCUAACACUGUUAUAGGAAAGAAUUGCGCUAUAGGUGAUAAUGUUCGUAUAGAAGGGGCUCACUUAUGGGAUAAUGUCACUGUUGAAGACAACUGCUACAUCUCAUGUGCUAUCCUCUGCUCUAAUGUCCAUAUAAAGAAGAAUGUAACAGUGACCUCAGGAUCUGUAGUCUCAUUCAAUGUGGUGUUGGGACCUGAUAUCGCUCUGAGACCGGGAGCACGGGUCACCCUCAAGCGGCGGGAAGAAGAUGAGACUGACUUUGGAAUGGAUGACCUGUCCAUUGGUGAGAAACCCAAACAAGCAGAGCCGAUUGAAUUCAAUAAGACCGAGGUGGGCGCCGAGGGUUCGGGAUAUCUGUGGUUCGAGGAAGCGGAAUCCGAUGAUGAGUCUGAUAAAGUGGAAGAUGUUUGGGGUGCUGAAAGGGAAAGCUCCAGUGAAGAUGAAGUAAGCUCCAUUGCCAGCGAUAUUAGUAGCCUGCCGGACACGCCUCCACCCGAGGAUUCCAGAUUAUUCUACAAUGAAGUACUGGAGACAAUCCGACUGGGCGUGGUCGAUGGAGUGUCAGGGGAUAACAUGAUCCUCGAAAUCAACGCCUCCAAGUACGCCUAUAACGUGACGUUCCGUGACGUCAAUCAGUCAAUCGGGAAAGCGUUACUGGAGAGUGCGUUACAUGACAGCAACAUGGACAACCAGGCACAGUCAGUCAAUCUCAAAAAGACGAUGAUGCAUCUGAAACCAGUUUUCGAGAAUUACGUGAAGGAUGCAGAGGGACAGAGAGAUCUUAUCAGCGCCAUCGAGGACUUCUUCCUUGAUAACGCGUGGUGUCGCGACACGCUGCAAGUCUGUCUUCACCUGCUCUACGAGAUGGACGUGCUAGACGAGACCGUGAUCCUUUACUGGCACGCCCAUCCGGGACCUUCAAAUGAUGACCAGGCCAUGGAGGAGCAGAAACGUGACCUCAGGCAGACUGCCGCGCGUUUUGUCACGUGGCUUAAAGAAGCCGAAGAAGAAAGUGACGAUGAAGACGAUGACGAUUAGAAAACUGGAUUAAAGUCUGGAUAGUUCUAAUAUGUUUUCAUACUUUCGAGAGACAGCCCGAGUCAGUCAAACCUUUGUUAUUAUUCACAUUCAAUCAUGGAAGAGACGCAAUGCGCACAAAUCUCAAAAUAACUGUAUCAAAACAAAGCUUUCUCCUUCAUUUACCCAAAUUAGAUCACAAUAGCUUUCCCAAAUCAACCGAUGGAGAUUGUUGUCUUAUUACACUCUGUAGCUUAAAUAGGAUGGGAAAAAGGCAGCUUGCAGAGAUUCUUGAAGGGUAUUCUGAUUGGCUCUAUGCCUCUCGGUAAUAUAAGAAUGAUUUACAACCAUCCAGGACUUCGGUUUUUGUGCUGUAAAUUAUAAAUAAAGGAAACUAUAGUGUU